CAAAAUUCAGUGAGGUAUAAAUAAUACUGUCAAUGCAACAACCCAACAAUCUGUGACAGAAACUAUGUUUGGAGUCAAAAUGCGCGACUCCUUAUCAAAUAAGCUCAAUACUUUAGAAGGUUCCAGAAAUUUAAAUUUACAAGAAAUUAGUGACAACAUAAAUGAAAAUAUAGAAAAAGAGCAAGCUAAACAAAAAGAUCAAUAUGAUGCUAAUCAGGUCCCUGCAACCAAAUACGCUGUUGGUGAUUUAGUCAAAAUUUCCCGUAACAAUUUUGAUAAAGUACAAAGCUUCUGUCAAAGUUUGUGGGUCCAUGAAGUACUGGGAAACAAUCGUUAUAAAAUAACAGAUGUUCCGGGAUUUUCAAGAAAAGGCAAGUUGUAUACCACUGUUAUUGCAGUUGAUCGAAUUCGACCCUGGAUUCACAUUAAAACAUUAGAAUUGUAUAAAUCAGAUGUAAACACCGCCAGUGAAAAUACCGAAUAAGUUAAAAAUUAAUAAGAUAUUUAAAAUAUGUAUAGAUAUUAGGUAUUUAUAUUAGAAAGUAUGUAUAAGUUACGUAAAUUUUUUUUUCCUCUCAAUUAUGUGCAUAGUGAUAAACGUUACUUGUACACUUUAAGCGCAUUAUAAAAAUACAAUGUUGAUUACAUAAAUCUAUGAAUGUCAUGAUUGUUUAUUUCAAUUUGUUUGUAAUGCCGGGAGGCAUCACGUUGCCGGAUGGCCGAAUGUCAUGAUUUCUAAAUUUAUCAUAUCAUUUUAAAUAUUCUUUUAUAAAUUAAUGUAUAAUAAUUUACUUAGUUCAAGUAGUUUCAUUUUUGUAAGUUGGUAGCUGACUCCGGAAACGUGAUGAGAUUGGUUAAAAAUGGAAACACGAGCGAGAAGGGAUAGCGGGUGUGGGAGUUCGGAUAGCAAUGGCGACAGACAGACGACAGACUUGUGGUUGUUAGAAGACAAGGCUAAUGAUAUUAUGCUGACAAACAUUGUUGUUAAGAGUAAAAGUAUUAUUAUAAGUGUUUAUUGUUUAAUAGUAAUAAUAUAACCAACUAAGAACUAGGAGAUUGUUUUAUUUAUUACAGUUGUUAAUCAUUGUAAUUUUCUUUUACUAGGUAAAAGGUAAACCUCUUACAAAAGAAGAGUCAAAGUUUUUGCUUGACCUAAUAGAAGGUAGUAAAAUAAUUACCACCAAAACCACUAACGCCACCAACAGCAAACUUAAAACUGAAGAGUGGAUUCGUUUGGCAGAGCGAUUCAAUGCCACAGCCACGAAUUUUCCAAGAACACCACAGCAGUUGCGUUUGAAGUGGGAAAAUUUAAAGAAGAACUCGCGCAAGCGCAGCACCAAAAUAAGGAUGAACCAAAUUAAGACUGGUGGUGGCCCUGCUGACUAUAUACCCCCAGAUGACAUAUUAGACCGGGUGACCAGUCUAUUAGGAAGUACAGUCAGUGGGUUUACUGUACCGUUUGGGGGUGACAAGGAAAUAGCUUGGUUUAAUGUUGGUGGUGGUGGUGAUGGUGAUGGUGGAACAAGUGAUAGUGAAAACUUAGGAAAUGUGAUGGUGCAGACACCACAAAUUUUACAGACUUAAAUGAAACCACAAUCUCAACAACAUUAUCUAAUGAAAAAGGUAUUGAGAAUGUGGUUGCUGAUUACCAAGUAUUAGAGGUGGUUGACCAAAAUUUGAUCACUCCGAAUAAAACCAAGAGGCUUACAUUUAGUACACCUAGAGCAGUGAAAAAGAAAUUGAAGAAAGAUGAGAACAGGACUGCGAGGAACUUAGCCAUAGCAGAAUAUUAUUCAGCCAAAAAACAAUGCUUAGAUGCCAAAUUAAAUAAUAUUAAUUUAGAAAAUGAUAACUUAAAAUUAAAAAAUUUGGAGCUUAAUUUGAAUAACUAAAAACUUAAGUUAGAAACUGAGAAAUUAAAAUUAGAAUUAGAGAGGUUAAGAAAGCAGCAAUAAUGUUUAGUAUAGUAUAAUAAUUAUAAUACUUAUUUAGUCUGUAGUUUAGUAGUAGUAAAUUUGAAUAUAUAAGUGUAAUUGUAUAAUAAAUUUAGGAAACUUGGCAUCUAAGUAGGUAUUGUUUCCUGGCUAUGUAUGGCCUUAUUAACCCAACCAUCAAAGAAUUGUUCUUUAUAUUUUAUAUUUGUUUUACAGAAGAGGGCCAUAAGAGCAAUCAAUGAUUUAAAACCUAUUCGCUUUGACAAAAAUUUAAGGAAAUUAAUAUAUUAACUUUGGCCUCUCAAUACAUUUAUGAAAAUGUAAUGUACAUUCACACGUACAUAUACAUGUAUAUGCUUUUAUAACAAAAUCCCAGAAAACAUACAAACUUUGAUUUGCUCAAAGUUCAAAAACUUUAAACUAUGUUUGUAUAAAAAGGGUUAUUAUAAUAAGGAAUUUAUGGAUGAUAAUAACCCCUGAGGUGAUUGUGAGAAUCUAUUUUUUUUUUAAAAAACGUUACCCCCACACUAGGAUUUUCUCCUGUGUCAUGGAGGCAGUUUACAAACAUAUAUCGCACAGGGACAGACAUCCAGACCCGGAACAAUUAUUUGUAGGCCAUACAAAUACUUGUUCAGUGCGGGAUUCGAACCCGCGGCUCCAAGCGUUGCAACUCAUUGCUAUGCCACGGAGCCGUCGAAUGAUUGGUUUGUGUUGUUAAUUGUGUAACAUAUAUGAUUUUAAGCUGUUAUUUUUUUAAAUCCCGCUGGGUUUCUUGCUGGUUCUUCCCAGGACAGAGGUUCUUUCUGAACCAGUGGUAAUUAAACAUUUCAGUAAGUAUUAUUUAUAAUCUACAUUUAAUAAAAAACUUUCUAUUUCUACUGUCUAAAUGAUAUAGUGGUAAAGAAUAAUAUUUUAACAUUGAAUUUAAAUGAAAUUGCUUAAAAUAAAAAAUUUUAUCACCAUCAUAUGAUUGUUUAUUUUUAUACUAUUAUUUUGAAUAAACUAAUUUGACAGAU